AUGGCGGAGAUUCACUAUUUGGGAGAGAUCGCCACUGGAUACGGAUUUCCGGAGAAUAAGCUCUGCGUCCGAUACAAGAUUAAAUACGGAGCUGCGUGGAAACUGAUUUCUGGAAACAAGGAAGGGCAAACUCAAACUGACUGGCCUCAGGACGAAGACGAGGCGAAUUUCAAUCACUUUGUUGAUCUGCACUUUGGCGCGCGAGGUAUUCAGGGCUGGCCACAGAUUAUGAUCCAAGUGUACCUUGUCGACAGCAAUGGGCGACGCGUGCUCUACGGUUAUGGCUCUAGUAUUUUGCCAAUAACGGCUGGCUACGAAGAAAUCGAAAUUGGAACAUGGCGUCCUGCCGAUCAGUCCAUCCGUGGACGACUCAAAUCUUACUUGUUGGAUAGCUCCCCGGAACUGGCAGAGCCAGAGAACAUUAUCAGCAGCGCAACGCAACAAAGACAACAACUAGCUGCAGAAGCCAUGGGCUACGUGAAAACGGAAAUGGAACCGGAGCCUAUGUACGGCCGUGAAAAGACGUGGGAAGACUUUUUGAACAAAACGCAUGUUGACCACAAGCUGAUGCAUCAACUUAUUAAAGGAUACCUGACAAGUGAGGGCUUUCACGAUGUGUCCCAGAUCAUGGACGAAGAGGCGAAAGAAAUCGGCUUUCUCAAUGAGAUAGAAGACGGGGAACCUUCCGACUUACAAAAGAUACAACGCUCUAUCCGCGAAGCAAUUCUCAGCGGCGACAUAAAAAAGGCUGAAUCGCUGAUCAAUCAAAACUUCCCAGAAAUGCUGGACGACGAUCAUCUUCUCCACUUUUACCUUCAAACCCUGCACCUUGUCGAGCUCAUUCGUGCCAAGGACUUCACCGAAGCAAUCAAGUUCGCGCAGGAAGAUAUUGUCGAAAAGGGGGAUCAUCCAGAGUGUCUCCCAGACUUGGAACGAGCCAUGGGACUGCUAGCUUAUGAAAAGCCAGAGGAAUCACCAUUUGGUGAUUUGCUGAAGCAGGGUUUUAGGCUCAAGGUAGGUGGAAGAAUGGAUGACGGAGUUGAUCUCGGGAGGCUCAUUGACGAGACGCGUAAAUUAGCGGCGGAGAAUGCGCAGUUUUGCGAGAUUCACACCAAUUUAAAUCGUGAGAUCAAAAGACUCAAGGACGAAAAGCUCACUUUAACGCAGGCGAAUGGCUCUCUGUCAAAGAAAAUCAAGCACUUACAGUCGAAGCUCGACGGUGGCGAGGAUAUUGUGUCGCAAAUGAAGAAAGAGCAUCAACAACUGUCAAAGAAACUGAGGGAGUCAAAUGAAGCCGUGGAAGUUGAAAAACGUCGCCUUCAACAAACGGAAUCCCGCGCCGACGAAAGCUCGCGUCAGAAAGAAGACCUCGAAAAUCGCCUGAAACUCUCUAGAAUAGAAGUUGAAGGCUUGAGAAGCCAAAACGCAGCCCUGACGUCGGAAAAGGAAACGCUAGGGACUCGACUGGCGCAGGUGGAGGAGCAAAGCGCUCGAAAGCAAAAUCACAAUCGCACCCUUUGCGUUGAGCUCGAGCAUGCAAACAUGUCGAGAAACGAAGUUACGGAGAGUCUAACCAGCACGAAAAUGGAGCUGAGUGCGACAUGUGAAAAGCUUGACCUUGCUCUUACAGAAAUCGAACAACAGAAGGGUCUUCUUCGCGAACUAGAAGUUCUGUCUGAGCGGCUUAAAAAGUCCGAGUGCUUAGCUGCCGAGAGAUUAGCAGAAAUAACCAGCUUAGAAGGGAAAAUCAAGUCUAAUGGGCUAACAAUUCGAGACCUCUCCGAAGAAGUCGAACAAGUGAAUCUCAAACGAGAUAAUUUGUCGAAAGCAUGCGCGGACAAAGAUAGGGAGUUGGCUCAUCUCGAAAAUGCGCUGCAAGACGAGCAGAGAACGAAACAAGAGCUCAACCGACAAGUUGAAUCAUCUGAAAGACAAGUCGAAAAACUCGCAUCAGAUGUUGAGUCACUCAAGCGUGCCAAACAUGAAGACCUGAUCAACAUUCAGAAAGAAGAGGAAGCUUGGAGAAAACGAAUUGAAGAUCAACGAUCGAAGUUUGAAAAGACGAUCAGAGAUCACGAAGAAACGAUCAAAAACAGCGAGUCUGAGUUGCAAGAAAUCUUGAAACUGAACCAACGAAAGGAUGCCCAGUUGACUGAUCAGUUCAAGAAGAUUGAAGACUUGAUGGAACUGAACACGAAGCAAGAACUGUCGCUGAUAUCACUCAAGAAUCAUGCAGGCGAGAUCGAACGCAAGUACAAGACCACUGAAGGAGAGAAAGCGAAGUUACAGUCGCAAGUGCAGCAACAGAACGGAAACUUGAUCCAAAAAGAAAACGAAAGUGAAAGCCUCAAGGAACAAGUUGCCAACUACGAGGACAUAAAACGCGCACUCGAAGAAAAGCUCGAGCUCAGUCAACGAAAGCUUGAAACUCUGUCAAAACAGAACCGAAAAACUGAACAGGCUCUAUCUCACCUGACGGCGGAACAAGCAAAGAAUGUGACGAGUUCGAGUCAAUUGACGCGAAAACACGAAAUAAUCAUGGCCGAAAAGGAUGAAGAGUUCAGGGUCGAGAUUGCCAGACAGAAAAAUGAAUACGAAGGAAUGCUGGCUGAACUAGACACCUUGCGUGCAGAGUGGCAAAAGCGCGCAAAAACGGCUGAGGCAAAUCUGAUCAAAGCUGUUCGCAAGUGCGAGAAGGCGGAGAAACAGUUGAAAAUGUCGAACUCACAGCUCGACGAAAUGGCAAAAUACGAAGCUACGAUGCAGCUUGAACAGUUGAACAAGAUCAACCUCCAGCAGCAGCAGUUGGUUGAACAGCGAGACUUGCUUGUUCAGCAGCUAGAUCAUUUUGAGAAGAUGAAGAAGUUUUUGAGGACAACGGUCCGAGAGAUCAACAAAAAAAAACUUUCAAAGACUGAAAAAUGGUCAAAAGCUGGUGCGAUUCUGCGCUUCCGAAAGGCCGCUAUUGCUGUUUUAGCGAUGAAUCGACUUUCGUCGCAUUCGAAGAAGAAGGAUGAUCCUUAUGCGUAUCCGCUAGAUUGCAGGCUGUCAAAUCAGCUGAGAAGUGGGCUGCACAGAGUCCUCACUCAAACCGACGCCAUUCAAUUGUAUUCGACAAAACUACUCGCCGGAAAUAUUCAACAGGGAUUUCAAUCUCUCACAGAUCGUAAUGUACGAUUGGAAAGGGAGAAAAACUCCUUGCGCGAGAAGCUCAAGUCUUCAACGUCCUUCAUGAGCGAACUGGAGGAUCGUAUCAAAAACAUCGAAAAGAAAGAAAACCUUCCAAACCGAACAAACUCAAAUAAUUCCAACUCAAACGAUUCCAAUGCAUCAUCAUCUUAA